GAUGGAUGGUUUUCCGGACCGGGCGUCCCAGCGCCCCGGUUAGCUAUAGGGAGACGUCAGAGCGCUCUGGUCCGCGAUAGAAGAGCCCCCCAGCCCCCCCGCCCGGGCUUCCAUAUAAAGUAGGGGCCCUAGUGGAGGCCGCAGCAGUAGCACCAGCGGCUGCGGCGGCGGAGCUCCUCCGAGGUCCGGGUCACCAGUCUCUGCUCUUCCCAGCCUCUCCGGCGCGCUCCAAGGGCUUCCCGUCGGGACCAUGCGCCGCCGUGAGCUCCCGCUGGUCCUGCUGGCGCUGGUCCUCUGCCAGGCGCCCCGGGGGCGAGCGGUCCCGCUGCCUGCGGGCGGAGGGACCGUGCUGACCAAGAUGUACCCGCGCGGCAACCACUGGGCGGUGGGGCACUUAAUGGGGAAAAAGAGCACAGGGGAGUCUUCUUCUGUUUCUGAGAGAGGGAGCCUGAAGCAGCAGCUGAGAGAGUACAUCAGGUGGGAAGAAGCUGCAAGGAAUUUGCUGGGUCUCAUAGAAGCAAAGGAGAACAGAAACCACCAGCCACCUCAACCCAAGGCCCUGGGCAAUCAGCAGCCUUCGUGGGAUUCAGAGGAUAGCAGCAACUUCAAAGAUGUAGGUUCAAAAGGCAAAGUUGGUAGACUCUCUGCUCCAGGUUCUCAACGUGAAGGAAGGAACCCCCAGCUGAACCAGCAAUGACAAUGAUGGCCUCUCUCAAAGGAGAAAAACAAAACCCCUAAGAGACUGCAUUCUGCAAGCAUCAGUUCUACGGAUCAUCAACAAGAUUUCCUUGUGCAAAAUAUUUGACUAUUCUGUAUCUUUCGUCCUUGACUAAAUUCGUGAUUUUCAAGCAGCAUCUUCUGGUUUAAACUUGUUUGCUGUGAACAAUUGUCGAAAAGAGUCUUCCAAUUAAUGCUUUUUUACAUCUAGGCUACCUGUUGGUUAGAUUCAAGGCCCCGAGCUGUUACCAUUCACAAUAAAAGCUUAAACACAUUGUCCAAA